CUGAACGCUACUUCACGGUAUUGUGUAUACGCGGGUUCGGCAAAUCUCGAAAGGCGUGUGGGGUCCGAGGCACGAAGUCCGAGAAUUGGAGUACCGUGAGUAUCCUUCAGGUAAAGGAAGCUGCUUUUUGGUUUAAUAUCAGGAUCACCCGAACAGCCGUAUAAAAGUGUUCGGCCUGACUGUACCUGUUGGAAGUUGAUAUACCAGAAACUGUCUCACGAUCUGUUCACCCUUGGUCAGCCUCUUAACUCACCACAGUGAUCAAGGAUUUUACGAACCAUGUCGGAUGAAGUCAUACUAUAUGACCUCCCUUCCAAGCAAGGCCAUUGCUGGAGCUACAAUCCCUGGAAGACGAGAUUGGUUCUCAAUUAUAAGAGCAUUCCAUACAAGACUGAAUGGACAGAAUAUCCUGACCUCAAGCCCAAGUUUGAGAAAUUGUAAGUUUUCGCGCACUCUAUCACUCACCGCAUGGGCCUGGUCCGGCAUCUUCUCAGCCCUUCCUCCUUUGCCAAAACAGUCACGACCUCUCGGCACACAAUCUGGGCCCGGCCGGGUAUGUGAGACUCACAGAGCUAAUGAUGCAUUGCAAGCGGCAUCCCUCCAAACGAAACAGGCGCAGCUUACUCCUCCCCGACAAUCCGCCUGCCAGAUGGAUCUUACGUAAUGGACUCACGUCGCAUCGCCGACGCCCUCGAGCGCCUUCACCCCAAUCCACCACUACACCUGGACUCACCGUACCAAUCACGUAUCGAAAGCCUCAUAGGCCAGAUCCUCACACCAAUCCGGCCCGUCUUCGUUCCGCUCGUGCCGAAAGUCUUUCUCAACCCGGCUAGUCAGGCCUAUUUCAUACCCACCCGCGAGAAGGCCGUCGGUAUGGGCCUGGAGGAGUUUGCCAAAGGAGCCGACGAGGGCAUCCAGAAGGCUAGCCCUUUCAUCCGGGAGUUGGGCGAAAUGCUACGCGAGAACGAGGGGCCCUUUUUGCAGGGCAAGACGCCGUGCUAUGCCGAUAUGAUCGUGCUCGCGUGGCUGAGGAUGAUGGAUAGAUUGGGGGUGAGUGAUAAGGUUUUUGGGCUUGAAGGGGGCCAGGAAUUGAAGACGUUGUACGGCGAGGGAGUCAAACAGGGCUGGUUUGAUAGGGAUAGUUACUAGGUACUAGUUCCUAAUCAUGCAUGGCAGAAGACUUUAAUUGUACACGAGGAGUCAUGUAAGACAAUCCAUUGGGGGAACGAAUUCUGACACCCCGAGGACGGAAUUUCACAACAGACCACUCUGGCGGCGGAUCUUGAUGUUCGCUAGAUCUAAUUUGAGCUGCCAGAGGCACAUUCGCA